UUCGGCGACGGAGAAUUUUACAAAAAUUAAAAUGGUAGACUCCCCAACUUACUGAAUUUGUAACUCCCCGGUUACCGCUAGUACUCAUUUUAAUUUUGUGAUAGGAAUACACAAAAAUGGCAGAAGCAUCUGAUAAUCCAGAUCCAGCCACAGCUAGUUCCAUUUUGGAUUUCAAUACUCUGGACAUAAAUGGUGAAAAAGUGGAGUUGUCAAAAUACAAAGGCUAUGUAACCUAUAUUGUUAAUGUCGCAAGUCAAUGAGGUUUAACUAAGGAGAACUAUGCUCAGCUGGCUCAACUGCACAAAAGUCAUGCUGGGGAAGGUCUUCGGAUUUUAGCUUUUCCAUGUAAUCAGUUUGGAAAGCAAGAGCCUGGCUCAAAUGAGGAAAUCAAAGCAUUUGCCAUGGAAAGAGGUGCUGAAUAUGAUUUGUUUUCUAAAAUUAAUGUAAAUGGCGCACAAGCUCAUCCAUUAUAUCAAUUUCUCAAGUUGAAACAGAAAGGUACUUUUGGAAGCAACAUUAAAUGGAAUUUUACCAAAUUCCUUUGUGAUAAGAAUGGAGUUCCUGUUAAACGGUAUGCGCCUACGACAAAGCCACUGUCUUGCGUUAAAGACAUUGAAAAAGAACUUAAAAAAUAAAUUUAAUGUUUUAUUAUUUUUUUUCUUAGUUUUUGAUUUAUGGUAUUAGCUAUAUAGUUAAUUAUUUAAAGUUACUUCUUUAUUUAGUAAUUAAUUUAAUUUUUUUCAUAUAAAAUAACAUAUAUUUGGGUGUGAGGAAAUUGCCUUUUAAAUCGUAGCUUCUCAAUUUUAAAAGGUUCAUGUUUGAAUUUUUUUUCUUCACAUGUUUUACAAUUUUUUUAUUAUUGCACUAUAUUGAAAUAGAUAUACAUAUAUAUAUUUUCAUGUCCUUAAAAUUAUUUAUUAUAUAAGUUGCAUUUGGUGUUGGUGAUAUUUAAUGAUGGUUUAGCCAUAUCCUUGUUUACAAGUUGGCUUCACUUGAUUAUCUUAACAUAGUGCAGUUAUGUAUAGUUGAUAUCCAUCUGUUGCACCAAAACAUGUCGUAUAAAAA